AGGCGGAGGGAGAGAAAAGACUGCAUAUAGUAGAGGAACGCAAGAGUAGUGUGAAACAGUGUGUUGAAAGAUUACUGCUAUUCCAUAAUCCAGGAAAGAACAAGGAAAUCAUGAUGAAGCUGUUUUGUCUGUUGCUGCUGCUUGCUUAUUCCACUGCUGCUGCCCCUUUGGAAACCUCAGGUAGAGAAGACCAACCAACCCUGCCUUCCCAGGCCUUUUACACAGAACCGAGCCCUACUGAGGUUAAGUCUCGUUUUGCCAUGCUGGACGAUGUUCGCCUACUUGCAAACGGCCUCCUUCAGCUAGGUCAGAGUUUACGGGAGUUUGUCCACAAGACAAAGGCCCAAAUCAACGACAUCUUUCAAAAGCUGAACAUUUUUGACCACUCUUUUUACCAGCUCUCAGUGGUCACGUCAGAGAUCAAGGAGGAAGAGGAGGAGCUGAAGAAGACCACCAAUUUCUUGAAGGCCAACAAUGAGGAGAUCAGGAACUUGUCGCUGGCAAUCAACUCUAAGAUCAACAGCAUCCUGGAGGAGCGUACACAGCUUCAGAGCAAGGUGGGGAGCCUCGAGGAGAGGCUGAAGGGACUAUCACAGAGCAUGGUCCCUGCUGACCAGCUUAGUGAAAUCGUAACACUCAAGGAAGUGAUUGAAGCUCAAGAGAAAACAAUCACCAGUCUGCUGAGCGCUGUGAAAGAGCAACAUGAUCAACUUGACCACCAGAAAUUCAAGAUUAAAAACCUGGAGGAAAAGCUAAGCUAUGACAGUUUUCAAGAUACAGUCAAUAAGCCUAUGGAUUCAGACCCAGCAGCUCCAAAUCUGUUUGAGUAUCUGACAGGAAACUCAACUGGCCUGGACACAAAUGACCUCCCCAUGGACUGUAGUGAGUUGUUUGACAAGGGAGAGGCAAACAGUGGAGUCUAUGUUAUCAAGCCAAACCAAUCAGAGCCAUUCAACGUUUACUGUGAAAUGGGUUCAGAUGGGGGUUCAACUGUCGUCCAAAGCAGGGUUGAUGGUUCAGUGGAUUUUGACCAGACAUGGGAGAACUAUGAGAAAGGCUUUGGAGAUCUGGAAAAGGACUUCUGGCUGGGCUUAAAGAAGAUCCACAGUCUUGCACAGCAGGGAGCUUACAUCCUGCGCAUUGAUUUGGAGGACUGGAAGGAGGAGAAGCACUGGGCUGAGUACCGUUUCUCACUGGAGGGUCCCUCCAAGGAUUACACCCUUCAUGUCAGCCAUUUCUCUGGUGAUCUGCCUGAUGCCAUGGCCAACAGCACAGGCAUGAGGUUUUCCACAAAAGACAGAAACAAUGAUAACCACCAAAAAUCCAACUGUGCUCGCAAUUACACAGGUGGUUGGUGGUUCAAUGGCUGCGGAGAGACAAACCUUAAUGGAUGGUACUUGUGGCUGAGGGCAAAGGGACACUCUGUCAGGAGGAAGGGCAUUCACUGGAGGCCUGGCACAGGGCCCUCAUAUUCCCUCAAGAUGACCAAGAUCACCAUGCGACCGGCCCAAACUGCUGAAAGCUUCAACUGAACCCCCACCUCAUAACUUCUCAUACAACACUACUGGCAUCUUUCAGAAACAUUGAUAAUAUCUAAUACUCAACCAAAAUGUUUCAUAGAAGGGGAAAGUGAAGUAACACAGGCAUUGUAUAAGUCUAGUAUUCAAAAUUCUUAGUUUAUCUGCUACAUUAAGUUUGAUCUUCCUAUCACCGUUUUGUCACAGACUGUUGCUGACCAACAGAUAACGGGCCAAAAAUAUCAGACGCCAGAAAAUGCUUAACUGUCACAAUGAUGCAACAAAUAGCAGACAGGUCGUUAACCUAUUGAGUCUGAUCCAGCAAGGACAGUAGAACUGUCAUUAUGCAACAUCUGCCCUCACUUGCAAAAUGGACAUACCGAUCCAUAAUCAGCAGCCUGAUUCAGUGCUCGUUGCAAAAUGUCAUAGUAGUGCAUCAUGAGAGAACCCUAUGAGGAGACAUUAUGAUUCAAUUCUAAAACUGAGAGUGCUUGGCUUGGUGAACCUAUACACAUUUGACAGCUUCUAAGCUAUUUAAAAAUGCAUUUUAUCUCUGUGAAAAUGUCUUGCAUGUUCCCAGGAGCUACAGGCACAAAUGCAAACGGGUUAUUACAUAAAGAUUGCAAAUGAUAAACUGUAGGUACGGGUUCAGGAAAAACACUGCAUCUCCUACAUUUCAAAAAAUGUCCAUACUGGUGAAUUUUUUCCGAUGAGGGACUUGGUAUUCUUGGUAUUUUACACUGCUUCACCCCAAGUGUCAUGGAAAUAUAUUUAAAAGGUGGGGGCAAUGUCAGCAGUCAAAUACAGUGCAAAAAAAUUGAGAUACAAAGCUGUGGCAGCACACUGAUAAGCUUUUCCCUUUGUUUGUUCUAUGUUUUUUUUUUACUCUGUAAAGUAUUUAAACCAUGUUCAUGCUAUUAUAUGAUUUAUGCUGGUACUUUUAAACAACAUAAUUUCAAUGAUUUCCUAUGUUAUUGAGUCAUAUUGACUCUCCAUUUUUUCAACAUAACUAAGUGUACAGUAAAUAAAGUAUGCCUGAUACUAACACAUCACUCUGACAAGUAGCUAUGUACUCAAAUCCUAUUUACAGACACAA